AUAGAUUUCCACGUCAGCUUACGUCUCCAAAUUUCUACUUCACGGAUCCGCUUCAAAGAGGCAGCUGCAGUGGAGAAUCAUGUUAAGCUCGGCUACUGCGGAGAGCCCAAGGUAGCCCAAUGAUGGAUUUUGAUGAGCGUGGUCCCUGCUCCUCUAACAUGUAUUUGCCAAGUUGUACUUACUACGUCUCGGGUCCAGAUUUCUCCAGCCUCCCUUCUUUUCUGCCCCAGACCCCGUCUUCGCGCCCAAUGACAUACUCCUACUCUUCCAACCUGCCCCAGGUCCAACCCGUACGCGAAGUGACCUUCAGAGAGUACGCCAUUGAGCCCGCCACUAAAUGGCACCCCCGCGGCAAUCUGGCUCACUGCUACUCCGCGGAGGAGCUCGUGCACAGAGACUGCCUGCAGGCGCCCAGCGCGGCCGGCGUGCCUGGCGACGUGCUGGCCAAGAGCUCGGCCAACGUCUACCACCACCCCACCCCCGCCGUCUCGUCCAAUUUCUAUAGCACCGUGGGCAGGAACGGCGUUCUGCCACAGGCUUUCGACCAGUUUUUCGAGACGGCCUACGGCACCCCGGAAAACCUCGCCUCCUCCGACUACCCCGGGGACAAGAGCGCCGAGAAAGGGCCCCCGGCGGCCGCAGCGACCUCCGCGGCGGCGGCGGCGGCGGCGGCGGCGGCGGCAGCGGCAGCGGCCACGGGCACGGGCACGCCGGCAACUUCAAGUUCGGACGGCGGCGGCGGCGGCGGCUGCCGGGAGGCGGCGGCGGCAGCGGCGGAGGAGAAGGAGCGGCGACGGCGCCCUGACAGCAGCAGCAGCCCCGAGUCGUCUUCCGGCCACACUGAGGACAAGGCCAGCGGCUCCAGUGGCCAACGCACCAGAAAAAAGCGCUGCCCCUAUACCAAGUACCAGAUCCGGGAGCUGGAGCGGGAAUUCUUCUUCAGUGUGUACAUCAACAAAGAGAAGCGCCUGCAGCUGUCUCGCAUGCUCAACCUCACUGACCGUCAAGUCAAAAUCUGGUUUCAGAACAGGAGAAUGAAGGAAAAAAAAAUUAACAGAGACCGUUUACAGUACUACUCGGCCAACCCGCUCCUCUAAGGCUCCAGCCUGCUGGAAUUGGGUGGGGGGUUUCAUACACGUGAGAUUAUAUGCAGAUUUUGCCCUUGACAAGGUCAAGGCACGUGGUGACUUUCGAAGAAAAGAGAUGUGCAAAAGAGAGGAGGCCACACGGAGACAGCCUCUAAGGAGGCGGCCCGGGACUCUCUUGGGCAUCUGUGGUUAAGAUUCCUAACAAAAAUUGGAUUUGGAGAGUUGUGCAUCAACUAGAAUAAAUGGUUUGGGACCCCUGGUGGUUCAUUCUUGGAGACUGUGGAGCUUUGGGCUGGGUGUGGUCUCCAUCAGGACUGGGCCCCCUGCCAAGCGCCCUGGAGAACGACCUGGGCCCAGGACCCUCCACAUGGAGCCUGCCCACCCCCCAGGACCCCUGCAUCAAGAAGCUAUUCUGUCUUUAAACCCAGUUCAGCUUGGGGACAGGAACAGGAGGAAGGGGGGAGGAUUCCUAGAUGUUCCGAGUGGGGCUGCUUUCCAAAGCCAAUGUGAAAGACGGCGGCUGGACUAAAAGGUGACUGUGAGGUGGGAGAGGGCUGCUGAUCCUGGAGGGGAAAAAAAAAAUCUAUUCCAGGUGGCAUUAGCAGCUCUCCACCCCUCCUAGCCACUCAAUGCACUGUCUGAGGCCUGGGCUUCCAGCAGUUGUCUCCUGCAGCCCACCUAGUUUUUCCUACCGGUGAGGGUUUUCUUCCUGGCCUGCCACUCAGGCCUAAAGCCUGGUCACAGAGCAGACCUUUCCCGAGGUGGAAAACAUCAAAAAGCUAAGAGGCUGCAUCCAGGCCGCUGGCCCCAAGAUCUCUGCAGGAAAUGCCUGUGGAGUGCGGCAGCCUGGCAAAGUUUCCACCACACUUAAUUGAGGCUUGGAUUUGCUCAGCGACACAGUGGGCCGGGCCAGCGGUCCCCAGCUAUGAGGGGCUUGAGUCCCCAAAAUACCCAGUUCUGGCACCGCACUCUGCCCUUCGCCGCCCCAGAACUGAGCUUGGAAGCUUCCGGCGACCUUCCAAGAGCUCAAGGGAGUUUGGAAUUAUUUUAAAAAAUAAAUAUUAUAUUAUAUAUAUAUAUAUAUA